GCAUGGCGUGGGUUAGUCCGAGGACCGACGUGGCGGCGACCAGCCCGCGCACGACGCUCUUCGGCACGGCCCUCAUUCCGCACUCGAAUGUGCUGCCCGAGCUAGACUCGACGCCCCGACGUUGCCUCGUUCUGCACCCCAAAGUGACCUUUCAAAGCAUCGGCCAGCUGUCCGAGCAGCAGCAGCAACUCGCCGCCAUCGUCCAAGCGUCGAUCGACGACCUCUGGAACGCAUGCGUCAACCCGACGGCAGCCUACGCGAUCGACUUGAGCACGUACACGCACCUGCACGCGGUGUUGAGCCGCUUCUGUGGCGUCCCGUCGCCGUCGCACCUCAAAGACGAGUGGGCGUCGGACGCCCAGCAGCGCUCAAUGAUCAGCCUCGAUCGCUUCUCAACGUUGCUUCGACAAAUGGGCGAAGUGUGGAGAGACAAGCUGCACUUUUCCAGCACGGCAACGCUCCUCUCGUCGCUCGUCCAUGAAGUCGUUGACUUUGAUGCCCGGUGCCUCAAGCCCAUCGACCAGGUGCAUACGAGCUCGACAGCAACAACGUUUCGCGCUCUCCUUGCGAUGCGGUCAGCGAGCGGGUACUGGGACAUGGACAGCAGCCUCGCCGCCGUCUUGAACCUCGAUAUGAGCCAACCCAAAACGCGGUUCCAAACGACCGAGUUUGUGUUUGACCAGCUCAACGCACUGGGCGCCUCGGACGCCGAGUGGACAACGCUGCGACCGGUGACGCUGGCGUGGCUCACGCAGCACCACGUCGAGAAGCACCACGACGAGAUCCAGGCGCUCAUUUUGCGUCUCGAUGUGCGUUUUGACGUCUCGCCGCUUCUACAGUCGCGACUUGAGCCGCUCGACGACCGCGCACGCAGCUUGACACUCCACGCGCUCCUGGUCAUGGACAACGACGCGCUCGUGCACACGAUCGAGUGGCUCCGGUCGCUCUCGAAUGAGAUUUGGCGCGUGUUUGUGAGUCCACUGGGCCUUGCGGGCUUGAGCGCGGCCGAGCCCGUCGCGUCCUACUUUGAGCGGCUCGCGCAUUUUACGCUCAGCGCGUCCCUCUACCGCUUUCUCUCGACGCUCGGGAUUCUCGAAAAGCAGGAGCUGCUCUUGUUUUUGCACACCCUCGGUCCGCUCCAAUAUGAGCUCUUCCUCGAGAGCAUCCAGCAGCCUGCGAAAGGGCGCGUCAACGGCGUCCGGAGCAUGCUUUCGUUCUACUUUUCGCUCUCGUCCAACGCGCGUAUGACGUUGUUGCAGGAGCUCCAGCAAAUUCUCUUGCAGCAGCAGCCCCCGACGAGCGUCGUUAGUACGCCCACGACUACAGUCGUGUCGCCCAUACCAGAGCAGCUGCCGCCGCGACUCUUGACCGCGUCCACGACAAAGACGGCGUUCGCUGUCGCGUUGGGGGCCAAACCGCCCAAGCUCGUCAAGCCUUUGGUCGAGCGCAGCCCCGCCCCGCUGCCUCAUAAGCGCAAGGUGCGUCAGCCAGGGCUCCAGCCCCUCUCGACGCCCAAACCCGCCACCAAGUCGACGUCGCAUCGUCAUCGCCACGACGCGCCGCUCUCGGUGCCCAAAGUGUCUGUCGCCGAGUAUACGCAAAACACGGCGUGGCAAAAAGCCCUCGCACGGCCCAAGGUCGUACUCAUGAACGGCGGCGUGUAUCGACCGACGACGACGACGACGACGCAGGCGCGGGUCAAGCCCAUCGACCCCGAUCGGCGCGAGCUCGAAGUCGCCUACUUUGUGACGCCCCACGUGACCGUGCAGGAGCUCGCGUUUCCAUUCCCCGAGCAUUGCAAGCCGCGGCGAAAACCGCCCGUGGCGCUCGACUCGGUCGGCUUGAGCUCAACGUGGGUUCACCGCCCCGCGACUCGAAAAGAGCACUCCUAACUUAAGACACUUUGACCAACACCACACUCGUGGCAGCCGCAUAGCUCUCCAUUCUUAUUCCUUCUUAUUCCCGUGGCCGCUGCGAGAAUAGCUCGCUUUAUGAUUGUCUUUAUUGUCUGCAGA